AUGGCACCUGCGCCUGUGCCUGCACCACAGACCGGCGCACCGGGGGCGAACCCGGUGCCGGCACCUGCCAGACCACGCGUUCCUAAGUGGAAGCUGCCGCAGAAGAAGUCGAAGGAUGGCGUCAAGCUCUUUACGAGGUGGUGGCCACGCAAGAAGAAGCGGUCUCCAAAGAAGAAGACCACAAUUCUCAAGGAGUUUGGUUUACUCAGAAAUAUCAUGAUUUGGAUCCCGUGGUGGGUGAGCUGCGUCCUCGAGCGGCUGACCUCCUCGGUCUCGGUGGCGCUUCAGCUGCUCCUGUCCACCCUGAUCACCACCGAGCUUUUAGGUCUCGACGUCCUUUCCAGCAGGCGCACCACAAGUGACAUCGCCCGCCCCUUGGGUUCUGCACGGCGCCUUGCCGCCCUCGCCUACGACAGUGGGCUGAGUUUUUUUCUGGUUCUGGCAGCCCUUUUGCGUCUACUUCCGCUGCCGGCGCCAGGUGAUGAUGCCAUGGCCGUACUGCGCAGACUAGCAUUGCUGCAGUCCUGCCUGGGAGCAGCGCUCCACUGCAGCUCUGUGAUUCGAUGGCCGAUGCCGUCCUGUGACUAUCGGGUGCCCCCUCUGCUGGUGCUCUUGGCAUAUUUUGCCCAGCCAUGGAUGAACUUCGCUUGCUUCCUGGCAUUGCUGCGACCAGAUGAUCACAAGCUUGCGGGCGGACUCCUCACGGACACUGCGGUCAUGACGGUCUUGAUGGUCUUUCGCAUCGCGAUUUUCGGCCGGUAUGGAAGGCCGCGGAUGCCCAGAGAACCUCAGAGCUGGACGGGCCGCACUCGAGACGCCCUCCUCCUGGGAUUCUUUGUGCUCGGCCUGGAUUUCUUGCUGCUGCGGAAUGCUUGGAUCGAGCGCCGGAGAAACUGGAAGUACGUCUUCUCGCUCGUGGUCUUGUUGGCGCCGCUUCCCUUUUGGCGGCAGCUGCUCAGUUUCUUCCGCGAGGAUGAGAGCCCCAGGCCAAAGAAUAAGAAGGUGCGCCAAGGGGGCCGCCUGACACGGGAGGACGUCCGCGCAGACAUCUAUGGCAAGAUGCGGCCAGGGGUUCCCAAAGUUUCUGACCUGCCCCCAGACGCCUCACAGAAGAUCCGCGCUCGUCGGGCACAACAGCUUGCGGAGCUCCAUCGUCGGGAAGAGGCCUUUGCCGCCCCGGCGGAGCUGCCGGUCGCCGCUCUUCGGGCAGCCAAAGAAGCGCCUGCCAGGGCAGGCGAUGCGCACGCAGCCAGCCCGGCAGAAGGCUAG